UUGGAGCCCAACGGAUCCGAUCCAACAAGACGAUACUGGUUGAACCGGGUUACCCGAUUCCCACAAUCGGGUCAAAAUAGGAGCUCCGACAGGUUCACAGUCACGGGUCUUUCUCCUCGCUGAACGAAUGAGCAGAGGAUUCUGAGCACUUUCCCGCGGAACCAUUGCCAUGGCUUCCAAUCAUCUUCGAAACCUAAAUCGUAUCACUGUUCACCGCAUUCUUCGCCCUCUCUUCAACGCUAGAUGCUUCUCCGAUGCUUCAUUGCCUGAACCACAGCCUAAACAGCCUUCGCCUCCCUCGUCCAAAAAGGACCAUGAGCUCGCCAAGUUCGCUGCCAUUGCUGAUACCUGGUGGGAUUCUGAAGGCCCGUUUAAACCAUUGCAUGUGAUGAAUCCCACAAGACUUGCCUUCAUUAGGUCUGCGCUGUGUCGACAUUUUAAGAAGGACCCUUAUAGUGCUAAACCCCUUGAAGGACUUAAAAUUGUUGAUGUAGGUUGUGGAGGUGGAAUUCUUUCUGAGCCAUUAGCUCGACUGGGAGCUACUGUGACGGGUGUUGAUGCUGUCGAGAAAAAUAUCAAGAUUGCUCAACUUCAUGCUGGUUUGGAUCCAGCAACUUCAACUAUUGAGUUUUGUUGCACAACAGCUGAGAAGCUAGUUGAAGAAGGAAGAAAAUUUGAUGCAGUUAUGGCCUUGGAGGUGAUUGAGCAUGUGGCAGACCCUGCAGAGUUCUGCAAAUCUCUUGCAGCACUAACGGUUCCAGAUGGAGCUACUGUCAUAUCAACAAUCAAUCGUUCUAUGAGAGCCUAUGCAACUGCGAUUGUUGCUGCAGAAUACAUUCUGCGCUGGCUUCCGAGAGGUACACAUCAGUGGUCCACUUUUCUUACCCCAGAGGAACUAGUUCUCAUCCUACAACGUGCCGGAAUCAAUGUGGAGGAGAUGGCAGGAUUUGUGUAUAACCCGGUGACAGGACGAUGGUCUUUAUCAGACGAUAUCAGCGUCAAUUUCAUCGCCUUCGGUACCAAAUCGAAAAACACCGAAUAGGAUAGAUAUUUAAAAUACUUGCUAU